CCAUUUGUUUAUUGAUAUUUGUGUAGCUGUUAAGCAGCGGCAGAAAGGCAGCAGUUAUCUGUUUACCUCCUAGUGUCAGGAGGCCCGUCAGUGAUCACUCACACGCAUCUAAUCCACUUUUGAUGAACUGGGUUAAUAGACUCCCUGUGGUCAUUAUCAAAGAGACUCAUUUCUAUUCAUUUCUCAGCGCACACGACCCUCGCGCACCCACCCCUCAUUACGUGUGUCCUCUCCUCAAUAAAUACAGCUCUUCUGUGCUCUGAAGUGUCAGUUCAUCCUCAAGUGUUCAGCAUGCCCCGUCCACAAGGCUCUUACGCGCAGUUAAUCUGGAAAGAGGCAGAGAGAGCCCGCUCGGACACACAUCCCAGAGCGGCAGAGGGCUGGAGGGAGGAGAGGGCGCAGGGCAGGGCGAGCUGUGACCCGUGCGCUCUCGUCCAGCUCCGGCUCUCCGGACUCGCAUAUCCCAACGAAGACCAGAGCGCCAUCGCUCGAGCCCGGAGACGUCGCAGGCUGGCUGCUAACGCCCGUGAGAGGAGGAGGAUGCUGGGUUUGAACGUGGCCUUUGACCGCCUGAGGAGCGUCAUUCCUAACGUGGAGAGCGACAGGAAGCUGUCCAAGUCUGAGACGCUUCAGAUGGCGCAGAUCUACAUCAGUACUCUGAGCGAGCUGCUGGAGGAAAGAGACUGCGACCCGGAAUUCAGUUACCCGACGUUACCGAUGGGCAUGCAGGAUCAGGUCAUUCUGAAGGGUUCGAUGGAGACAGAAGAGACCAAACCAGAGCAGAAAACUGUUCCCGCCUGUAGGAUAAGAUCAUAUGCUGGGAAUUUCAGGCGUCCCACUUGCUGUGACCCCAAAUCACCAGAACUCUUAGUGGACUCUCACUAUCUGGAGAGGAGCAAUGGAGCAAAAUAACAGUCUCAGUGUUUUUUUAUUUGUAUUAAAAUUGAUUGUUUUUUUUGUUUUUUUUUUUAAUUACAAAAACUGUUUUUGGACAUUUUGUAGUAAAAUAUAAAUAUUCUGUAAUUAAUGAUAUAUUUCGCCUUUUAUGCUACACAAAUAAAUAUUUUCAGAGGAAAAAGC